UGAAAGUCGCGUAUGUGCACAACCUUCGAAACUGAAUCCAUUUUCAUGUUUUUCUGCACGUGAAGAAUUUUUAUUCAGUUGGUCUUUAUGUCGAAUUGAAGACAUACAUAAGCACAAAUGAGUAUAAAACGGAAGCCUAUCGAUGUGUCGGAGCCGUCAACACCAGUGGGAUCCCCUGUGAAGCGCCAGUCAACCGGGAAACAUAAACAGAAGAGUAUCAAAUCUCCACAACAUGUUCAGUUGAAUGAACUCUACAAUAACUCUGAAUACAAAUCGAAGCUUGGACAUUCGUUCAAAACAAAAGCUUCGUUAACAGAUGAUUGUGCCACCCUACAUAAUGACCCAUUCAUGUGCUGUGUGUUGCCAGACUUCUUGGAUGAUCCACAAUUUCUAGAUGGUCUACAAAAUGAAAUGGAAGAUCAGAUAUACUAUCAGAAAAAUAACGAUCUUUACAAGUUCCAACAGAGUGAUGAUUUAAAGAAAUGUAAGAGCCCCCAUAUAAAAGCACUAAGGAAACUUUUAUCAGGGAGUUUUGUACAAUGGCUUCGAGAUGUGACAGGUAUUCCCCUAUCUAGCAAGAUUGACAUGACUUGUUCCAGAUAUGACCAUACUGACACUUUACUUUGUCAUGAUGAUGAACUGGAAGGGAGAAGAAUUGCAUUUAUCCUUUACUUGGUGCCUGUCUGGAGUAAAGAGGAUGGUGGCACAUUAGAUCUAUUCAACAUGGAUGAGUAUGGUCAGCCGAAUGACAUUGUUAAAUCUAUUAUUCCAUGUAGGAAUACAUUUGCUUUCUUUGAAGUUACUGAAGCAUCACAUCACCAGGUGUCCGAAGUACUAGCUGAAGGUAAAGUGAGGCUCUCAGUGAAUGGCUGGUUCCAUGGUCCAAAUAUUCCACGCCCCAAACGUCAUAUAGAAGUACCGAGGCCAUUAGAACCACACAUUCCAACAGAGGAGGACAUCUUGUAUGAAUGGGUCAACCCUAUAUACCUGGAUAUCAAUGUGCAAUCCCAGAUUCAGGAGAAGUUUGAGGAGGACUCUGAAAUAGAACUUAAAGAAUUCAUAAAGGAGGAAAAAUAUCAGCAACUAGUGCAAGAAAUGAAAGACCACGAUGUGGAAUGGGAACACAUAGGACCCCCUAAUAAAAGAAAUUACAAUGCAGCCAAUGUUAAGACAUUGCCUAGCUUAAUGAGGGAAUGUAUCAAGUUGUUCCAAUCAGAAAUGAUGUUCCUGACACUCUCAAACAUGACUGGGCUGUCUUUUCAUGCCCUUGCACCCAGUGAUAGUGAAUCUGAUGAUGAGCCUGACACUGAAAGUGAUAACCUUGGAGAAGCAAGCAAGGAGAGUGUUAAAGCCAACACUGAGAGGCAAGACUCUAGUGUAAUGGACACAGGGUUGGAACAUACUGAACCUGAUACAGAUCACACCAUAGAUGCCACACAUGUAAAAGUGACUCAGAGACAAGAUUCUAGCAUAAUGGACACUAAUGACACUCAUAACACUGGAACGGCAAUUGAGAGGCAGGACUCCUCUGUCAUGGAUACCAGUGAAUCUAUGGGUGGUCACAAUUUGAGAUCAAGGGCAAGAUCGACCUCAUCUUCAGAGUGCAAUGUUAGCGUAAAAGGAAAAUCUAAAACUAAAAAAGAUGCUGGUGAAGGAAAAAAGAAAAACAGUAAAGAGAAAGCUCCCAAGAACCCACGUUGCCAUGGAGAAUUGAGAAAAUGGCAGCAUGGUGACUACACAUUGGUGCAUGAUACAGAUUCAGAGGGGGCAGAAUUUGCACUGGAUGCAAACUUCUUCUGUUGCUGUAAAGGCUGGAAGCAGGAGUAUGGGGGCUUCACAAGUUACAUCACUAAGGGUGAGGAUGAGGAGUUAUUAACUGUGCAGCCAUUGGACAAUUCCCUGGCCCUUGUAUACAGAGACAAGCAAUCUCUAAAGUUUGUGAAGCAUAUCAACAGUCUAGUGAAACAGGCCGAGAGAGACCAUUUUUAUGACAUUUCAUUUGUCUACUACGAGUAGAUGACUAGAAUAUUAUUAGUAUAUAGUCAAUGCAGUAAUGCAGUAGAGUUGCAAUGCAAGUUGGUGCUUGCCUGGUCGGAGAAAGUGCCAUAUGCUACAUACAGAUUGUGAUGUGCAACUAAAGAGUAACAUUGAAUCCAAUAUAAAUGUACUGCUUCAAGUUCAAAUUUUUAGUUUUCACAACUUGGACAGUUAAGAGGUUUUGUUCUCAAGCUUUAACGCAUGUUGAGGCUGAAUCAGCUGAAUGUGCAUUAGGGUCAGAAACUGGAGAUUGAAUUUAGCCAAGCUUGAAGAUUAUGGAUAUA